AUGGUCUCGGUCAUCUUCCUCGACGUCGACGGCGUCUUGAACCGCCUCGAUGGCCCGUGCCUCCUCGAAGCGACGCUCGUUCGCCGCGUCGCGCGUCUCUUGUCGAAUUCGGACGCGCGGCUCGUCAUCUCGAGCACGUGGCGCGCGCAUCCGAAGCAGUUGGCGAUGCUCUGGCACGCACUGGCGGCCCUGCAGGUGCCGCUGCACCGCGUGCUGGGCGUCACGCCGAUGGGCGCGGAUCGCGUCGACGAAAUCACAGCGUAUCUUGCGGCCAUGCCAUCGCCACCGGCGCGCUGGGUCGCGAUCGACGACCUCCCGCUGGCGCUCGAGGCAAGCCACUUUGUCCGCACCGACCCCAAGAAAGGUAUGACGCUUGCCAACGUUCACGCGGUGCUGCAAACCCUCAGCGAGACGACGACGACGACAACGAGGACAACGACGGACGACGGCGACGACGACGACGAAAGUGAUACUGCCUGGCGCUAUUGCCUUGCGCUGACGACGACGGACGACGAUAUGGGUCGCAUCUCGGUGGUCGACGCAGCGCUCCUCGACAGAGGGAAGCGCAUGGUGCUGCGGCGGUACGAGGCGCCGGGUACGGACUGGAAGACGCUUUUCUCGUGGGUGCGGCGCGUGCUACCGCUCGAGGCCUUUGUGACGGUGGUCUCGUCGCCGGUUGCUUUGGGACACUGCGACGAUCCCUACGCCCUUCUCUUGCUCCUGCAAGCUGUCGACGUGUCGUCGAUCGCUGCGCCUGCUCACGGGACACUCGCGCGCCGCAUCCUCGAUGAUGCGACCAGCAAGCGAUCCCUUGUUUGCCCGUGGACCCAGCACCCGUCCCGCAACUUCCCACCAGUCGACCUCGUCGCCGUCGUAGAUGGUCUGCCCUCGGAGCCCGAGGUCUCGACGUCCCGCGACGUACUAGUACGUCUGCAGCUGCUCGACACGUACUCUGGCCGCGCCGUCGCGCAGCACAUGACGCGCUACGAGGUCUGCAAUGGCGACGUCCGAGGCGCCAUGCUCGGCCUCCAGCGGUCGCUCGCGACAUGGCUCGAGGCGCCGAUGUACGCGCGCUCGGUUGUGCUCGCCGGUGCCAAUGUGACCGAGUGGGUGCGCGCAUGUGCGCGCCACGGUGUGCCUGCGACCGGCCACACUUGGAUCGACGCCGCCAUCAUCGGAACAGCGGCCAUUACGAAUAUUUUUGAGAGUGGCUCCGUCGCAGCGACGAGCGCGCAUGCGAUCGAGCCGGGGACCGUGGAUGCACCCGCCGCCGACCUUCUCGAGCUGCUCCCGGCGCGCGUCGCCGCCUCUGUGACACCAUCGACGCGGGUGUUUUGGGGCCAAGCGGCGGCGCGGAUUCUGUCCUGGACACCACACCACUUUUCACGCCACACGCUCUUCGGCUAUGUGCUGCGGGGCGACAUUGCCAGCGUGGCGAGCCUCGACGCCGUCCUCGCCUGCGCGUUGGAAGACGACGACCUCGAUGACCUCGUGUGGUAG